UCUGUCAAGUGGUAACCAAACCUGCUAAUAUCUCUGGCUCAAGGUUUCCCUGUUCCUGAACAGGGAUACUAAAGCCUCUUUGCCUGGGCAGGAGUAGAUUUCUUAGCCUUUUCUUAGACCACAGCCCCUGCAAAGUGCCAUGCAGGGCUCAGCCAGCUCAUCAGGCUGCUUUCCCAAGAGGGUGUACAGAUCCACGCUCCUGCAGGGCCUCUCUGAGUGUUAUGGCUCUGCCCAGCUCCUGGCAGUGCUGCACAUUUGGAGGAGAGGCUUUGAAGGAGUGGGGAGGGAGAGAGGGCUGGUCUCGUGAGAAGUGAAGGUGUGGGAGUGAGUUAUGGGUGUUGGCAGUGUCUGGGCUUGCCUUUGUGUCAAAGCCAUAUCGCUGCCUUCUACUGAGCCUGUACCUGGCCUGCUGGCACUUCCUCUGAUUUCAUGUCAGCAUUGCUUGGCUGAUAUCUGCAGCACAUCCCAUCCUCCCAGCAGGCUGGGAGGGCUGCAGGAAGGGCAUGCCUGUCACCUCACUAUGGAAAGAGACUUGUCCAUCAGUAGGUCAGAAACCUUGGCCACAAGGCACACGGUACGAGUAGGUGGGUGCCAAGUUCAGAGACUAGAACACCCUUGGGAUGCAGUUUAAAAAUCCCCCUUAUUUAGUUGCAUGCUUCCCUUCUAAAAACAUAAAACCUGUUUUUAUUGUCCUGUUUUGUUAAAGAGCUUUUCUAGGAAAGCAAAAGCCCAUUUCAGUUCAUAACAGGCUUGAACCUUUCUGGACUUAAACACACUUGGCUUCCUACUUUGAAAUAGCCUGUAGAGAUAGCCAAUGCAGAAAUCAAAUUUCUAUUAACUCUUGGUGCUUUUUAAAAUAUGUCUCUGGAAGUUUAAGAUGAUGAGCUUCCAGCUUCCUGCCUAAUUAUGGCUCGAUGGUAUAUUAGAGGAAAUCAGAUCUUAAAUUAGAUCUUGCAGAUGACUUUGGGCAGUGAGAAUGUAACCUUCACUUGCGAGUAAUGCAAUCCAGUCUUCUCCAGUUCGUGGUUGUGUUACUUCACAGUAAGGGUCUUCAAGUUUGGGAGGAUCAUUUUUGUUUUGCUUUUGUGAAAACAGUUCAGAAAAAUCAGAAGCAGGUGGGCAUGGGGCAAGGCUCUGGCUUCAUCAGCAGCUCAGCUGGUUGGAUGUAGGGUCCUGCCCUGCUGCUUGAAGAGUUCAGUAUUGCAGCUUUCCUGGCUGUAAAUAUGUCCCCUUUCCCAUGCCAGGGCAGCAGCAUCAGGGGAUUGCACUACCCAGUGCCUCCUUGCUCUGAGCAUGAGUGUUUUGGGACCUAGAUCAAAUUUAUCAAAUAUUUUCCUUUGGUUAUUUUUUUUUUUUUAAUAAAAUACAGAGAGAAUAUUCCUGAUUCUCACAUUAACAUAAAGCAGAUUGACAGUAAAGACUCAGCUUCCAAAACAAAUCAAAAUGUAGUGGCAGUUCCUAUAUGAGGCCAAAGAAUUGGGAGUGACCAGAAGGGAAAAUAAAUUAACAAAGCCAGUUCUGUCAGAACUGAAACUGAGACAGUAUUAUUCAUUUAAGGACAGUUUCACUUUUAAGAAGCUUAGUUUGUUUUAAUAAGCCAGGAUUGUGCUCGUAACACUACUAAAGAGCUUAUAUUUAAUACUUUAAUCUGUCCCAUUCAAAGGGCACGAUUUCCACGCUACCUGCCUUAGCACAUAUCCCAACUAAAUCCCCAGCCCUGCAAAUGAGGCACUGUGCUCUGCUUUCUGUCUGAUCACAUUUGGAGUCAUUUUCUCUGCAAUUUUAGUUUUAUUCUGCAGUGCUGACAAGAAAAUGGCUGAGUCCUGAUCCACAUUUAUACUCAGCCCAGCCAUCCGUGCCUGGGCCUUUGCUAGGUCUCCAAGGAGCUGCAUGACUUUGGAUGUGCUUGAUCAGGAUUUUCUCACCAUCCCACUCCUGUAGCAGGGUUGCCAUGCCCAAAUGGAAGCCAUGCCCAAAUUUGUAUGGGAGUACAGGUUUUUUAACCACCACUGCCACUUGCUUCAUUAGGCAGGAAGCAGCUGAGUGCUGCACUGCCUCCUCGGAGAUGGAGGCUAUCGAGCCAGCCCAGCUGAAUUGGUUGUGCUGGCAGUGCCUUUGAAGAAGCCCCCAGGCAGGAGAUGGGGAUUUCAGCUUCCUGAGGUUGAACAUUCAGCUGGAGCAGCCUGUCUGUCUUUCUGCAGGCAGAGAUUGUUACAGGAAAGUCAGGGAGUUUUCACCGCACAUGGUCCCUGACAGCAAAGUAAGACUGAUUGCCACACAGGGUUUUUCUCCAGUCGUUCAGGUUUGGACUGUUUUAUCUCCUGCCUCCACUUCCCCUUUUUAUUUAAAAAAAAAUAGAAUGUCUAUCUAAACAGGUUCCUUGGCAAAGGGGGAGCUGAAUACUGAAGUUAAAUGGGUACUUUUCUUAAAGUACUGAAGUAAGAUCCCUUUCUAAGAGUUUUCUUUGUGAACAAGCAAUGAGAGUAAAGUGCUAAAAUUUAAAAGAAAAUGAAAGAGGAAGGGCAAUUCUGACAUGGCCUUUGUGAGCUGUGCUGAGAAGGGCUCUCAAUCUGCUAAAAUACUUGAUUAAAUCCUUACAUUUUUCUGAGGCUGGCAUUUCAGAUUUGAGCCUGUGAUAGACAAUUUCUGCACCUUUUUUUUUUUUUUUUGUUAAACUGUUUUGUUUUCCACUGAGUCCAGGUGAAGAGCAACCUGAAGGCUUUACCUGUCGCCAUUCUUAGCCAUGUGGUGGACAAUCAUGACCAAGAUCAGACAUUUUGUGUUACUAAUAGUGCCUGGGGGAGCCACCCCUCAAUGUUACCUCUCUCGGCUGCCUUUGCAGAGAAGCUGAAAAAAGUCCCCACUGAAAUAAAUGCACGGGGUAAUCUUUCAGCAGCAGCACCAAAAUUGUGUUCCCUCCGCACAAUUACCUGGAAAACACUACGAGCGACUCCUGCCUUUCCAAGUGCUUCUGUUUUAGGUAGGACGUCUUCCUGUUUUUAGGAGGCGGUUUUGCAUGCGCCUUUGUUUUAUGCGCGGAAUUUGUGUUAUCCAUUGCAUUACAUUGUUUAGAGUUUGUUUUACGCGCGGAACUUGUAUUAUCCAUUGCAUUACACUGUUUAGAGUUUGUAUUUUAUGCAGCGAAGCCGAAUAAAGCGGUUUGAUUUGUAGUCCGUGCGCUGCCAAUGGAGCAGUGAAACCCCCGGGGCGUGUCCGCAGGGCCGGGUUUGCCCUGAUCGGGAGGCGGCGGGAGGCGGCCCGGGCCCCGUCCCUCCGGGGCACCGACAAACGCCCCCACACACCGGGGAGGGCGCGGCCUCGCCCCGCGCAUGCGCAGCGCCGGUCUCGCCGCCUCCCCACAAGCAUCGCGAUAUCACAGGUGACGUCCGGGCUCGGCCGCGGCUCGGGGCAGGCGGGACGAUGGCAGCGGCAGCCGGGCGGCUCCUGGCGGCGACCGUGGCUCGCUCGGGGCGUGCGAGCUGGGCCGUGCCGGGCCCACCGCUGGUGCCCUCCCGGAGCGCCACCGUCACCCGCAGCGGCGCCAUUUUGCCCAAGCCGGUUAAGACGCCCUUCGGCCUUCUCAGAGUGUUCAGCGUCGUGAUCCCUUUCCUGUAUGUUGGUACUCAGAUCAGUAAAAACUUUGCAGCCUUACUUGAAGAACAUGAUAUCUUUGUCCCAGAGGAUGACGAUGACGAUGAUUAAAGGCACUGGAACAGAAGAACAGAAGGGAGAAAGCCAUUGACAAAACAAUGGUUCCAACAUCUGUCACCUGUGUUUUGUCCUUCCUCACGGCGACAGGGGGCUUUGUAUCCCCUUUACCUAGUGAGCAUCCUGCACAUCUCUGUAUGCUGGAAAUCUGUAGAUCAGGAUUGAAGGAAGUGCUUGAUAGGUCCUGUGUCCUUGCACACACAUGCUCACCUCAUCAAAGACUGCUUGGGAAUGCCUUUAAUUAACAGUAUGGGAAACAAUUAAAGAUCAAGAGAUUGAUACAUGCAA